CGUUUUGCCACUCUUCUUUCUUGUCUUCUUCUUUUCGCUUUGAAACCGUUUCAUGCUUUCCACUUCGUCGUACGCAAGCAUGAGUGGACUGCCAUCCGCGUACGAGCCAUGCAGUCCUCACCACCACCACCACCACCACUACGACCACUACGACAACUACGACCACAGCACGGGCUCACCACCCCGCGGCGGCCAGUCCAGCACAAGCGCCACAUUGACCAGAGGAUCGCCGUCCAGUUUAGGCCCGUUCUCCGACGCGGCGGCCUGGUCCAGCGCCUCCGGCUCUCCUCGUCACAAUCUCACUUAUACUAGCACUUUUACAAGUAAUACCAGCGGCAGUCCAGCAAUGUCGUCCAGGCCAGGGCGAGUGCGGACGUUUGCAGAGGCCGCCGAGGGUGGCGAGUUCGAGCAGCUUCCAGCGCAUUCGAGCACUCGCAGUGCCGGCAGCACCAACAACAGCGACCCCAGCCAGUCGCACCCACUACUACUCGACCUGUAUCAGCAGCAGCCUCGCAAGCGCCUUGCGACCCGCGUUGAUGAUACCCCGGACGAUGAGAGCGACGCCAGCCUCAGCACAGCCGCAUUGCCGCUGUUUGAGCAUGCGCGCACGACAAUGCUCCACGACGCGAGCCAGCUUGGCCUUCAGAAUCACGCUGCUUCUGCGGUUGUUGGAGCACUGUUGUCACGGAAGCGCGGACUGGAAGCGAACGACUCGGAGGACGGACACGAUGCGGAUUUGGCGCGAAAACGCGCGCGUGCAGACCUUGGUGAUGCUGAUGACGGUGGCGACGACAUUGCCAACAAAGUCACAUUCGAGCAUGGAUCUACACGGCGAAAUUACUAUGAUGCAUUCGAGCAAGCAGAGACCAAUGCGCAAUUGUCGGACAGCGUUCUGGCAAAACGCACGCGCACCGGGUUGUUUGACGACAAUGUCGGAUCGUUCAGUUUUGCCGCUGCCUGCGCUGCACGAGCAUUGGAAGCAGACGCAGCAUUAGAAUCUCAGCCAAGUAUGAGCCUCCUGAAUUCUCAGCAGCCUGCCACAAUGGCAGCACACCCGCCAUUCAAGCACUACUCGGGAGACAGCGAUAGCGACGGCUCGGACGAAGAAGACGAUCCCUCGCGCCCGCCAAAGACAUUGCUCGAGCUUUCACUCGGCAACGCGACUGUCAAGCUGCUCCCAUCUGUAUCACGCUCGCUGCCCUUAUUGCCGCAAGAGGCCAUCCCUGCUCGUCUGUUGUACCACCAGCCUCCGCAGCAAGAGCCCGCGCUCGAUUCGACCAACAAUUCGCUCGCUCUCGUCCCAUACGAGCCGUUUUCUGCUUCCCAUUUUGUCGCCGAGACGGCGCAACGUCACAUGGAGCGCGAGCGCGAGACCGGCCAUCACAAUAGCCUCCAUCUUUUAAUUUCAGGAGGUUCUCAAAGUGACGCGAUGCCGACGGAGGAAGUCCAAUACGACAACACAAUGGAUCAGGGUGUGGAUCCUUCAGCGUAUGCCUAUAAUAAUUAUGCCAGUGGCGGCCCAGAUACCGAUUCAAUGAUGAUGAUGUAGACUUGAUUGCACGCACACACACAUGUACACAUUCUUUCGCAGCCAAUACAGGAUUAGAUUGAGU